GCACCGCGGUAGCAUACAACAUACGAACAGAGCCAUCUUGUCACGGAGUGAGUGAGGCAAUAGUGCUGCCCUUGUCGUUAUAUCCUCGUUAUUCUAAAACUGUGACACUUAGGGCCGUUUUUUUCCUUUCCUUUCCUCGACCGUAAAUUAUUUAUGGUAAGUGAGCGGUGAAGCGCGUGGACUGUGCGUGGGGGAGUGCUUUGGAGAAGAUGUGUCGCUUACUAGUUCCGACGUAGGGGGGAGUGUGCGGCAGCCAGUUGGCUUGACUCGCUAGCUCUUUGCAAGGGCAGCGGGGCCCUCCUCAGCCCUCGAAUAGUUCCCUCCCGUAACGGCGGAACACACUCGACAGCGGCACCGACUCGGGGAGACGAGCGGGCAAGGCAAGGAGGGCGCCCCCGGACUUUGAGGCAACUCCGUCCGGUAUUUGGACGUCGUCUGCGGGGUGAAUCGCAUCCGGAGACGUGAAAGGGAUGGCGCAGAUUCACCUCAGUUACUUUUAAUCCUAAAAUAUGACCUAGUCUGCCGCUCAGUAACUCUUGGAUCAAUUUUGACACCCAGAAAACCACAAAAACACCUGAUGGACAGGACGUAAAUUGGCCUGCAGAGUAAUUGUCAGCCUCUCCUUUUCUGGUGGAGCAGGAUCUCGACACACUCGAGGUGAGGAAUCAGCCUGGAACUAUGUCGAAAAUGCCGGCCAAGAAGAAGAGCUGUUUCCAGAUCACAAGUGUCACUCAGGCACAAGUGGCUGCCAUUGGGGCAGUGGACGACACAGAAAGCCUUGAGGACCCGGAUGAGCCCCACGCCGAGGAUGUGUCGUCAGAGAUGUACGGUGUGUCCCAGACUGAGUAUGAACCGGCGUGUGACAUGACUUCAUCCGAAGAAGUGUUGAAUAACGUCGGAGAGGCAGAAGCGACGGGAGUUGUGGCGCCGUCGCAUUUACCUCAUUUCUCUGUGCUGUCAGUCAAUCCCUUGGGGGAGUUUCGGAAAACACUGGUGCCCGGUACGACUCUUGGCGCACAGCAACAGGCUGCCCCGACGUCCAGUCCUGGGCCUGUCAUUGUCUCCGUAAAUGUUUCCCAUCCCGCUACAGUGCCCAGUCCAGGUCCUCCUGGUGUCCCUGCCGCCUCCACAGUGACCUGUACUUCCCGUUUCAGGGUCAUCAAACUUGACCACGGUACUGGAGAACCCUUCCGAAGAGGCCGGUGGAUGUGUACAGAGUUUUAUGAGAAAGAGUCGGAUGGUUCUGCAGUGAAUCGGACUGUUGAUGGCACGAGGAGAGACGCCAGCGCACUGUCCGAGGCUGCUGCAGACAGAGACAUUGGGCUAGGGCAGACCGGCGGCUCUGUAAUUGUCCCGAUAACACACACAAACCAGGCCUCCGGUGCUUCACCAGAUGUCGCCCGCUUGCAUCCAGCCGAGAUAUCCGCGCAUCAGAACUUCAUCACCCGGCAACAUGCUCUCAGCGGGUCUGGCCCGCAGAUUGCACUAACCAGUAGCAAGUCCACAUCUGUCCCAGUCCAGCCUGCAGUGGCGAGUCUCCAACCCGCCGCAUCCCAGAGCGUUGGGAACGGAUUGCCUCACAUGCAGAGGUCCCCCAUCUUGCCUGCAUCGGCCCAGACGCAACCGUACCAACUUUCUGCGGGACAUCACCAGACUGAGUUCUAUCAGCAGCAUUCUGGACUCGCUGCCGGACAGUCACUGUUGGUGUCCGGCCAGUCCGCGGGGCCACAGACAGUGGGACAAGCAACCUCUCCUGCUAUGCCCCAGGGGUCGACAGGAAUUUCUACUCCCAGUCAUUUUGGGGACGUCGCUGGCGGCGGAAAAGUUAUCCCUGGACAGACAGCUCAGAGCCAAACCAUUGAAAUGGGAAGCGUCGCGGGCUCCGCAUUGGGCGGUGGAUCUCCUCACGGUCAGUAUGCCACCACCGGACCGUCCAAACCCCACGGCGACCACCCCGCAUCUUCUAGUGUACAAAAUGUGCCUGUCACUGCAGAGAGCUCCGGACUGACCCCUGCUGUGCCAACUGCUGUGCCCAGUGCCUCCACCGCGGCCGCGCCAACGGUGACAGCAGCUAGUUUGACUUCAGGUCAGAUGAGUCAAGGCAGAACUGCAGGGGCCUUGGCGGGGCACAGCCUCCUUACAACCGGAUUUGGACAGUUUGAGGCGGGCGGCGUAAGGAAAUCUGACGGGGUUGUAAAUGCACAGUCGUUUGGGAAGGAUUUGGUGAAGCCCCUCAUGCCCGAGAGCCUGCAGCUCGCCGCUCCAACGGUCACUAGCCUGUUUGGAAUCCACAUACCCGUCGACGGGGAUGAGGAGAGGAACCCCUCCAAGGCUUUCUACCAGGCCUUCCAGUCUGGCACCAGAUUAAGGGACUCAAAGGCCCACAGUGAUAGUGCCUCUGGAACGAAUAUUGUUGCCAUUGAUAAUAAAAUAGAACAGGCCAUGGACCUGGUGAAAAGCCAUCUGAUGUACGCCGUGCGGGAGGAGGUGGAGGUCUUAAAGGAGCAGAUCAAAGAGCUCUUCGAGAGGAACUCUGUGCUGGAGCGGGAGAAUGCCGUCUUGAAGUCUCUGGCCAACAGCGAGCAGCUCUCGCAGCUUCCCGCCCAGUCCGGGGGUGCUUCGACCGGCCCCGCACCGACGGCACUGCCGCCUCAGUCUCAGCCCUCGCUGCCCCCCCAGCAGCCGGCGGCCGGGCUUCAGUCUCAAACGCAGCAGCAGCAGCAACAACACCCGAAGGCCCCGCAGACUCAUCCUCAGCUCGACGCAAGCCAACAGCAACCCAACGUCACCUCAGCUUGACAAAACGUGCUACGGGUGUAAACAAACCCGAGAGACAUUACCAUUACGGUCAAACUCACGUGGGAGUGGGACGGAGCCCUGUGGCCAAUUGCGAUGCCAACCUAAAACUUAAAUCCAACUCAUCGUUGGCCUUAAAAUGGCUUCCGGAUGAUUGGAUUUAUACAAAUUGCACCGGAAGUAAUGAAUAUAACUUAACACCUCUAAAAAAUAAAUUAAGUGUUUACAAAGUGCUUUAAAAAAACAGAGACCAUCCAUGAAACAGAACGAUACCCACAAUCACAAGUAUAAAGGUGUACUAGAAACGGGAACGAGAGGAGAGUUUUUUUUUUUUUUUUAAAGCUCAGGCAAGCCUUUCCGCUAACAACCCUGGCAAAACAUAGCUCCUUCCUGACCUUCAAAUUCAAUUCACUUCAACCUACCCGACUCAAAUAUUGGCCUUGAACAAGGAACGGAACUGCCAAAUUCACAACAGGUGUUUGAAGCCAUAUUUUCAGGGAUAUCCACUUCUGUGCCUUUCGCUGCCUCUUCGUUUGGAGUGCCACUGGAGGAGUCACAGAAAGACACAGAAGUGGAGGAAGAAGGUCAUGCCAAGUCACCAUAAAGGUCAAAGUGCGUCAGAGGCUUCACCCUAGAUUGCUCCGCCACGCCAAUUGCCCCAACCUUUUGUGAGCAAUGCGCCUCCUUGACACCAAACCCAACUUUCCUAUCGGCCGUGUCUUUGGCACCUCCUUAGGGCAGGAUGGAAUGAGCACUAAAUUACAAUGAGAUCUGCGGAAUGGUGAGGGUUUACGAAUGUCUAUAUGGGUUCUACAGGAAAAAACAAAACGUUUCAAGAAACCUUUGUCCUCUUAGCCACCAGCUUGACCACAAAGUGCAGUGUGUGUGUGUGUGCGUAUGCGUGUGUGUCUGUCUGUACAGUGGGCCUUUCCAGUGUUAAUGCAAUCAUCAUGAGGCAGAAUCAAACGGCAUGUAUCGGAGAACUCGGGGUGAUGUUUCAUUUUUGAAACUUGGCAAGACACCCCCACCCACACGCGUGGACAACUGCAGGAGUCCAAGACUGAUCUGAGACCUGCACAAGUCCACCGAGGAGAGGUUAAAGGGAGGGAGUUUUGCCUCAUGUUAAGGGACAAAUGAUUGUCACAUAAAAAUAUUUUUUUAAGAAGAUCCAUGUGAGUAAAGUAGGGUGGGGUGGGGGUGGGGGGGGGUCAUGGGGAGGGGGGGAUUUUAGCCUUGCUGAAUCCAUGUAAAGAGAGUCUCAUCUAUGGAGCGCCAACUCUGUCGUUACUUGUACAUCAACCCUUCAGUUCAUCUUUUGACUUUUGCUGUCAAGUGAUUUAUUUAUUACGGGGGGGGGGGGGGGCGGGCUGCUAUCUUCAUAAAUGAAUCGAAUGAAACAAGAGCCCCUUUAUUUGUUUGUUUGAUUUUUUUGGUCAAAAUAAAUAUGCCGACCUUCCCAGGGGAGCAAUGUUUUAUAGCAGGGGUUCUCAAACUGGAGUCUGGAUCAUGUCUGGGGGGGGGGGGUUUCGCAAAACAGAAUCCACAACAAAUUCCAAGAAAGAAAAGUAGUCCAGUUCCCUUGAAGCAACCUUUGCAAAUUCACAUGACCUGGAUGACACGCGCACAUUUUUUUUUUGUCGCUGGUAUCAAAAAAAUCCAGAUUCAUUAUUGAAAGUCAAUGAUUUUUCAGACCAAUUAGGUGAAUGCCCUGCUACCUUAUGACCACUCUUGGCACACUGGUAGCGAAUCACUAAUUUAUGGCUACGUAUGGUCGUUAUGUUUAAUUGGUGUUAUGAUGAGGAAAGGAUCCUUGGAAAAAAAAUUCCCCUGGCCGCAGAAAGUUUGAGAGCCCCUGCGCUCACGUAUAGUAGUGAAAAAACAAACAAACCGAAAAGCAACAUGGAAUUCUGACCAACGUAAAACACUAACUCAGAUUUCAUACUGCCCUUGCCAAUUUCAAGUAAACAAGACUCAGUAUGAAUGUAUUUUUUUUAAUCAAAUCUUUAAAAGCCUCGAUAAGUGACUGCUCAUCUGCUGAUAUCAAAUCUGAUCCAGUGCCCCGGAGGGGAGGCGUCUGAUGACCGAAGUCGUCGGCGAAAACUGAGAUGGUUUUGCCGCACAUCCCCACCUUCACUUGGCCUCGGGGCUGAAGGGAAAGCUGUGAAAUCAUUCUUUGUAACCAAAGAUGGAAAAAUCUGUCACUUCA